UUAAUAUUGCAUGAAUUAGGCAUGAGCGAAACUAAAGAAAGUGGAAGUAAUACAGAUUCGAUAUCAAAAAUUUUUUCAACUUCUGGCUUAACUCUCAUUGCUAAGAAUGAUCAAAUUAAAAAGAGAAUUCCAAAAUGGUUAAUUCAUUGUAAUAAUUGCAAUCGACCGGUUACUAUCAAGCAGGCAUCAAAACGUAAUGUGAUUCGAGCAUUAAAUAAGAUAUGGCAUCGGCAACAUUUCACGUGUAUUCGAUGUCACUGUUUAGUUGGAUACGACGGCCGUUCUUAUCGAGAGUCACGCACGCAUAGCAAUUUCCCGAUAUGUAUUGAUUGCUAUAUGGAGGAAUACCACCCUAAAUGCAAUGUAUGUAAUAAAGCUUUACGUGAGACGUACGUACGAGCAAUGAAUAAGUUAUGGCAUCGAUGCUGCUUUACCUGUACAAAAUGUCAUUCACCUUUUCAAAGUAAUCAAUUACUGACGCUGUUAAUUAAAUUAAAACGAACCAAAUACGGUGAAUAUUUUAUUUACAAUGGUAGCCCAUAUGAUAUUGAUUGCUAUUAUCUGACAAAAUAUGAAAGUUGUUUAACUCCAAUGCCACUUUCGCAGGGAAUUCCCAACGAUUAUAAUGAAACACCAUCAGCUGAAAACAUUAACCAAAAGCCUGCUGACGAGACAGCAGAAAAAUCGGGACUGAAAUCAGAUGAUUCUAAUCAAUCCAGUCUCGAUUCUCAAACUUCGACCUCAUCACAAAGUAUAACAGAGGGAAGCGCUAGAAAUAGUCUAGCAACUUACGCAACAACUGUGCCACCAACACCAACAUCAACAUCAACGCCAACAUCAACGCCAACACCAACACCAACAUCAACACCAACACCAACACCAACACCAACGCCAACACCAACCUCAACUCUCUCUUCAAGUAAUGAGUCAUUGCUGCUACCAAAAAAUUCGCAAGGAAAAUCAAGUUCUGAAUCAGAAACAAAUGGGUCAUCAUUAAUUAGUACAGCCACACUACCUUCACAAAUUAAAACACCUAGCAAGGAACGCUGA